AAGACGAAAGAGCGAGGGCAAUUGGAAAGAUGCCCGACUUUAUAUAUAGACCCUCGGAAACAGAGUUGAAAAGCAGAAACAGGGAGAAGCUCAGCUGAUCGUCCGGGUGCUCUACUCAACUCGCGAAGCACAACAAUGGCGAUGGCUUUCAAGAUGGCGACGACUGGAAUGUGGGUGGCGGACGAGUGCAAGAACUCGUUCAUGGAGAUGAAGUGGAAGAAGGUUCACAGAUACAUAGUGUUCAAGAUCGACGAAGGGUCCAGGGUGGUCACCGUGGAUAAGGUGGGCGGCGCCGCGGAGGGCUACGACGAUCUCGCCGCCUCCCUCCCCAAUGAUGACUGCCGAUACGCAGUCUUCGACUUCGAUUUCGUCACCGUCGAUAACUGCCGAAAGAGCAAGAUCUUCUUCAUCGCAUGGUCGCCAACAGCGUCGAGGAUAAGAGCGAAGAUGCUGUACGCGACAUCAAAAGAUGGGCUGAGGAGAGUGUUGGACGGUAUCCACUACGAGCUCCAGGCCACUGAUCCGACUGAGAUGGGAUUUGAUAUUAUUAGAGACAGGGCCAAGUGAACGAAUGAAUAUCGGUGCUGAUUAUCAUUAAGCUAGGACCACUUUGCUAAUUGCAAUCAUUUUGUCCUUGCUUAUCACUUUCACAGGACCUCUUCCUCUUUCUUAAUCCCUCUCUCGGUUUUUGGCACCAAUACACUCUCCUCCAAGUGGCGACUCCAAUAUAUGUAAUGCUCUUAAUUAUUAUAUAUGUGUGAAUCUGUCGGGUGCUUGCUGUGACUUGAAGACAAGAAACUUUUGGGUUUUGUUCCAUCUUAAUCAUUAACAUUUGCUCAA